GUCGGUAUUCGCCAUACAAUAAUAAAGUCAGUCUGAUACAAGUGCGGCGAGAAAUCGACAGUGCGCAAUGAAUCUUAGUUAUUUCUUGUUUUAUUUUUUAUUAACAGUGACUCAAAAAUGUGAAGGACAAAUCCCUAUAUUAAGUGAUAUUUUGAACGGUGCUAAAGAAAUAGGUUCUAAAGUGCAAAAUGCUAUACACGGCGCGGCACAUGGAUUUGAAGUGAGUGUUCAAACUCAACCUGGCGCUCACCCAACAUACAACCGACCUGGACAUCAACCACAUCACCCAAUGCCGCCGCAUCACCCAAACCCACAUCACCCAAUGCCUCCACAUCACCCAAUUCCACCACACAAUGGUGGUGGACCCGAAAGUGACACGCUAAUAGUCGUUAUUGAAGAACAAUCGCCUAAUAAUUAUGGCCAUAGACCUCAACCAAAUCAACAAUACGGACAAAAUCGACCUAUGCCGAAUAAUCCACACAGACCACCCAAUCACCAUCAACCAGGAUAUCCUCCUCAAUACAACAAUGGAAAUUAUAAUGAUAAUAAUUACGGUUAUCAUAAACCAACGAAUAAUGGAAAUUUCAACCCCCAUAAUUAUGGAAAUACUCACCCUAAUAAUUAUGGACCAACCAAUCAAAAUAAUUAUGGAAAUAACAACCCAAAUAAGUAUGGACCUAAUAAUCCAAGCAAUUACGGUAAUACGUACCCAUACAAUUAUGGAAAUAAAAACCCAAACAACUACGGGAAUUCAAAACCAAAUAAUUACGGAAAUAUGGAUCCAAAUAAUUACGAAAACCAGAAACCAAAUGUCGAAAAUUCCAAUACAAAUAUUUAUGAAAAUACUAAGCCAAAUAACUAUGGAGGUUCCAAGCCCAAUUAUGAAAGUAACGAUAACAAAGAUGCUCAAAAACCUAUCGAAAAGCCACAAACCAAACCCGAUUACGGUACUAUUUACGAUCCAACUAAGGAAAAUAGUGAAAAACCAAUCGAUCAUUCACCUACUUCGAACGGAAAUGACAAACAAGAAAGUACAACAAAACCACAAAAAGAGGAUAAACCAUUUUUUGUACCUCUUAAUCCCAAUCAAUAUGUUUAUGGAGGAGACAAGAUCGAAGUAAAUGCUCCGAAGAGAGAGACCAACGAAAACAAACCGGCAGAAGAUGAUGAAGAAGCGUAUCCCAUAGAUAUUAGAGUUGGCGAUAGAAUGUGAUUACUUUACUUGCAAUAUGACUUUUAUUGAUAGCCGAAAACGAUAGCUCUUUUUUAUAUCUGAGAUUAAAUAUU